AUGUCUUGCGAGGAGUUGACUGAAGCUGAUUCGCAUCAGGCGACGUCGUCAAACAAGGAAUCGCGAGAAAGCUUAUCUUCAUGUGCAGCCCCUAAAAAGGCCGCGUCUCCUAACAAUAUCGAUAAGUCAAUUACUUCUAGUACCUCGAUUAUCACUAACUUAACCAAUGGUGUAGAAGAUGCCUUGAAUAUUCAAGCUGGAGUCACUACGAUCAAUCAUGUAUCCGAUUAUGAUCAAAAUGAAAACGUGAUUUAUCGGAGACAGAGUAUCAAUGGUAAUUCUCAAAGGUUGUUGAAUUCCCAAUCUUGUUUAUCUUUAGAUCAAAAUCAUAAUUCGAUGUUAUUUAGUUCUUUAAUUAACAUUACCACAACCAAUACUAGUAGCCCUUCAUCCUCAUCUCCUAAAUCUACCAACACAAGUGCGAGCACCGUGAACAACAACAAUAAUAACAGUUCCAACAACUCUUCUUACUCUAAUGGUAUAAAUAUGAAGGGAUCAAUUUAUGAAGAUACUCCACAAAUGUAUCCAAAUCCAAACGCUCCAUUCAUUCCAGUUCCAUCCCAAUACUUUACACCCCAAUUCUUUUCAAAUAAUGGACAAUUUUUUUAUGAUGCCCAAUCUAAUGUUUAUCCAUAUCCUCAAAUACCCGUAAUUACUUCUAUGCAUCAUCCUCCCCCUUUUCACAAUCAUUCUCCUUUAAUUCCAUCUCAAUCUCUUCCUGUGAGAUAUCUCAAUACACCUAGUGUUUCAGGAGGAGAUUCCGGAUUUUCAUCCCGGAGAAGUUCAUUGGAUCAUAUUAGAACUCCAGAUUUUGGCUCACAACAUAGCUCAAGGAUACAUCAACAAAAGAAACCCAAACAAUUGGAUAAAGCUCUUUGGGUAGGAAAUUUACCAGAUUCUACUACAUACGAGGAAUUGAGGGACUUUUUUGCAGACGAGAAUAUGGAGAGCGUAUUUCUUAUCAAAAAAUCGAAUUGUGCCUUUGUAAACUACAAGACACAUGAAGCUGUUAUGCAAGCUGCACGCAAAUAUAAUGAAAAUGAUUUCAAGAAUAUUAAACUAGUAUGUCGACCAAGGAAGCAAACUCCUGGAGAUUUAAAAUUGAAAUCUGAAUGCCUGUCAUCUCUGAUUUCUGAGAAUACAUCACCUACUACUCCUUCAGAAACAGGAUCCACCGCUUCCUCUUCUACAAGAUCUCAUAGAUCUUCUUUGCCACCACGGCAACGGAUUCGACAACCAUCUGCAUCUAUGUCUCCCGCGUCUUCCGUAUCUUCAUCAAAGCCUUUAUCACAUAGUAGGUAUUUUAUUCUAAAAUCUUUAACCCAGGAUGAUCUUGACAUUUCCGUAAAAAGUGGAUUAUGGGCAACCCAACCUCAUAAUGAAGCUGCUUUGAACAAGGCUUUUAAAAGUGUAGAAAAUGUUUUUUUGAUCUUUAGCGCCAAUAAGAGUGGUGAAUUUUAUGGAUAUGCAAGAAUGAUAAGUCCAAUCAAUAAAGAGACAACCGAAACUAUUCAAUGGACUCCAAUUGAUGAAGUAGCAUUGGCAGCUUCAUCUUCGCGUCCUUCUUAUGGUUCUGAUGAUAAAGCACGUUCUAAAAAGUCUCAGGAGGAAGAUAAUGAAGAUUGUGAAGAUGAUGUUGUUCCUUCUCGAAAUUGGGGCACGACUUUUAAAGUAGAAUGGAUUAAAGUUCAAAAAUUGCCAUUUAUUCGGACACGCCAUCUUCGUAAUCCGUGGAACGCAAAUCGUGAAGUUAAAAUUAGUCGAGAUGGUACCGAAGUUGAGCCAGUUGUUGGUGAAAGAUUACUCGCCGAGUUUCACAAAUCACCUCCACCAUCUGUUCCCUCACCUUAUGUUUCGCUUACUGGUCCUUUAUUAACACAAACAUUAAAUAUCGAUAAUCAAAGCGUUGGGGAUACUCAAGACCGGAGGGCUUCGAUGUCAUCUCAAAGUAGUACACCAUCAUUACCAUCAUUACAAACACCAUUACAACCAAUGAUGGAACCAAACUUCAUACCAAAUAAUCCACCGAAUUUACCAAGUUUUUUUCCACCCCCUGGUUAUUGGCAUCCUCAACCCAUGUUAGUACCUCAAUAUAGUACUGCGGCGACACCCCAAAAUUAUGCUUCUAACCAACAAACGUGGGUUACAUCUCCUUCCAAAGAUUCUUCUCGUACACAACAAACUAUACAGGCAGCUGCAAAUGGAAGCGUUCCCCAACAUCAUUAUCCGUCAACUCAAUAUUAUCCACCUAACACUAAUGGAACAAUGAUUACUCAAUAUCAAUCUCAACAAUACUAUAGAAAUAAUAAUGAUGAACAAUAUCAAAUUGGCUCUAAAUCACAAGAACAAAUAAAUAAUGAUCAAGAGAAUGAUUCUACUACUCAUUUAAUGCCUUACAUUAUUGAGGAUCAAAGGAAAAGUUUUGAAGCUACUAGUAGUGCAUAG